AUUUUGGAAAACACAUUAAAUAAACUGAAAAAGACAAGCAUUAAAAUAGGAAAGUUAGUUAAUUCUCAGUGGCAUGCCAUUGUAAAUAAAACUGAAAAUUAAGGGGUAUUUUUUAUUGGGUACUUCUCUUUUAAUAAGAUAGAUUACAAAAACCAAACUCUUGUCAAAAUCACAAAAAUUCCAAGUCCACCAGACGUGACCCGACACGAAUCUAGCCGGUGAAAAUGGAGGUGACCAGCAGCAGCAAUGGCGGCCACUCUUCUUUCUCCAGCUUCCGCGUCUACCUCACCUCUCUCUCCGCCACGCCUUCCCGCUUAUCCCGCCGCGCUAUCUCCGUCUCCACCUCCUCCGACGAGAUGAGCCGCCUCCGUGCCCUCUCCGGCGAGCAUAUGCGCCGUACUCUCCGGUGGUACGACCUCAUCGGCCUCGGUAUCGGCGGAAUGGUCGGCGCCGGAGUUUUCGUCACCACCGGCCGCGCUAGCCGUCUCUACGCCGGUCCCUCGAUCGUCGUCUCCUACGCCGUCGCCGGCCUCUGCGCCCUCCUCUCCGCCUUCUGCUAUACAGAGUUCGCCGUACACCUCCCCGUCGCCGGAGGCGCCUUCAGCUACAUCCGCGUAACGUUCGGCGAGUUUCCCGCGUUUUUCACCGGGGCGAAUCUCAUAAUGGACUACGUAAUGUCAAACGCCGCCGUUUCGAGGAGCUUCACCGCCUACUUAGGACCAGCUUUCGGCGUCUCGACUUCCAAGUGGAGGUUCGUCGUCACCGCCUUACCAGACGGCUUCAACGAGAUCGAUCCCGUCGCUGUUCUCGUGGUCCUCGCCGUCACCGUCGUCAUCAGCUGCAGCACUAGAGAGAGCUCGAAGGUGAACAUGAUCAUGACUGCGUUUCACAUCGCAUUCAUAGUCUUCGUGAUCGUUAUGGGAUUCUUGAAAGGAGACUCGAAGAAUCUAAUUUUUCCGGCGAAAAAAGAGCAUCCGUCGGGGUUUUUCCCGUUCGGCGCGGCGGGAGUUUUCAACGGAGCCGCAAUGGUGUACUUGAGCUAUAUAGGAUACGACGCCGUUUCGACCUUGGCGGAAGAAGUAGAAAAUCCGGUUAAAGACAUACCGGUCGGUGUUUCCGGUUCGGUCGCCAUCGUCACGGUUCUUUACUGCCUCAUGGCCGUCUCCAUGUCAAUGCUCCUCCCAUACGAUCUGAUAGAUCCGGAGGCGCCGUUUUCCGCAGCGUUCAGAGGAUCUGACGGCUGGGAAUGGGUGACGAAAGUGGUGGGGAUAGGAGCUAGCUUUGGGAUAUUGACAUCACUUUUGGUGGCUAUGUUAGGUCAAGCUCGGUACAUGUGUGUCAUCGGAAGGUCCAGAGUGGUCCCCGUUUGGUUCGCUAAGAUUCAUCCCAACACAUCUACGCCAGUCAACGCCUCCACUUUUCUAGGCAUUUUCACGGCGGCUCUUGCCCUCUUCACUGACCUUAACGUCCUCCUAAAUCUCGUAUCCAUCGGAACCCUAUUCGUCUUCUACAUGGUCGCCAACGCUCUCAUUUUCAGGCGUUACGUCCCUGUAGGACCCACUAAGCCAUGGCCCACACUCUCUUUUCUCACACUAUUCUCUAUAACCUCCCUUGUAUUCACCCUUAUCUGGAAACUUGCGUCACAAGGCAGUCUUAAGGCUUUCAUGCUAGGUGCCAGUGCGGUGGUAGCUAUAGCCAUCGUGCUGAUUUUCCAGUGCGUGGUCCCUCAGGCUAAUAAACCAGAGUUAUGGGGCGUCCCGUUCAUGCCGUGGACCCCGUGCGUUUCGAUUUUCUUGAACAUAUUCUUGCUUGGUUCGUUGGACGCACCGUCGUACGUCCGGUUCGGGUUCUUCUCUGGUUUGAUCGUUCUUGUAUAUCUGUUUUAUGGUGUUCAUGCUACCUCCGACGCAGAAGCGAAUGGGUCUUUUGUUGUGAAAGAUGGUCAAGUCUUGAAAGAACUAACAGAGGUGUGAAAACUGAAAACCUUUUGGUACGAUUCUUUAGAGUUACCUUAUGUAAUUAAACUCUCUAAUUUUUGUAAGGAGGGCAUUUUCAAAUGAUUAAUGAAGUUAAUUAAUUUAAACUUCAGGGAAAAUAGAUCACUACAAAAGCAUGAUACAAUAGUUUUAUAAGACAAUGUUAGUUACCAAGAAAUUUAAAAUGUUUUCAUUUUCUUAAGUUUAGUUUUAAAAUAUUUUAGUUUUAAAAUAUUUUAUUUCUGCAGUUUCUAAUCAUUUCUUGAAUAUUCAAACCAGUCCAACUAUUUGUUUACCGAACACUUCCAAUAAUUACGUGAGCAAUUUGGGUAAUAUAAUAUACAUAAUAACAUUUAUAUACUUAGAAGUGGGUGACGUUAUCCCGAAUCUAAAAUAAGUGUGUUUAAGUGGGAAACGACGCUACACACCUGCUUAUACAUAUUCUCACGGUCGGUUCUCUCUUGGUGUCUGAAUUCCUCAUAGGGUCCAUUUAAGAUUAGAAUAGCCUCUUUUUCACGAUCUUCAUCUUAGAAUGAAAUUCAUUUGCCAUAUAAUAUUAUAAUGGAUAUAUUUUCAGAAAAUAUGAUGCGAAUAAGAAGAUCUGAUUCUAUUGGCAACUCAUAGAUUUGAUGUCUUUCUUCACUACAGGCGUCAGUUCAAUUCCAUUAUCAAAAAGUUUGAUUCAAAUCCAAGUGUCAAAUGUCUUCUUUUGAAUUUUUCGUUGUCUUAAUCGUAAACCUUAAUGUUGGAUUCUACAUAGGAUUACCAUUAUCUUGAUCCGUUGAGGAUAGCAAUGACAACACAUUGAGGGCCAUAAAAAAGAGUUUAAAGAUGGUUUGGAUUUAGAAUAAGAGUAUCAUAGUGUUCGAACCAAAACAAAAUUUAUGUACAAUUUAAAGUUAGACUGUGCGAGUUUUUUUAAUACUAAAAUAUUUUAG